ACGAAAAAAACUAACCUUACGCAAUUUCACACAUUUAUGAAGAUUUUCCAUGUUUGAUCACAGUUCCAACUAGAACAAGUAGUCACUUUGAAAUUGAUUUUCUUCUACUCCGAGUAUUAUUUUUAUUGUUGAUAUAUAUUUGUACUAUUGAAUAAACAAAAAAAUCGUUUCAAAUAACUACUGCCUAUAUGAGAAUUUUCGGAAGAACACUUCUUUUCUUGGUUCCAUUUUUCAUUGGUAGAUGUCGCUACUGGUAAUUCAGUUUUGCGACAAUGUGUCAAUUUCCUAUGACAUAGAAAAAUAAGUUAUCUUUGGUGAAACCCGAAAUAUUCGCAAUAAACAACUUGUCACAUUCUCCCACAUGGUUGAUUUUGAAAAAGAAAUUAGAAUGAAAUGUCGUGCAACAAUUUGUAUACGGGUGACAUAACGCAAAAACAUGAGUGACUAUCGAUAAUACGCACAUUUUGCACUGUCCCUGCACAUCAGAACACUCAAUUUUGUAUGAAUAUGUGUGUACAUAUUUAUCAUGUUACCGGCAUGAGUGUUGACGAAGAAAACGAAUGUUAUUUUUGUGAUGAAAUCAAACAGUUGUUUCUAAUUGAGAGUAACAAUAGAUGCGACACGUCUUCUGUCUGUAGUAGCAAUAAUAACACCAAUUUUUGGAGGUGGGUGGAGGAAUGUUUCGGUGACAGGCUAGUUUAUCAUGACCAACCGCUGUCAUACGAAUACUGUCGAUCGGUAACACCGGCUUUUCAUGAAUUCCUAAGAUGUUGCCCAACCGCCGUCUAUUCGGAACAAAUGCUUUCGUGGACCGGUCGCUUAGAUCUGCUCUCGUUAGCUGUUGGCAUCGCAACGCAAGACACACUGCGCAGUUCGCUUAUUCUAACAUCGAUUGUUGAAUACUCGCUUGGCAAUGUGUUUCAAACCAAGACCGGAACUGCACCUCCUCACUUGCUUCGCGAUUUACUUAUGGCCGAUGCUUUGACCAGUGUAUUAGGAGAAAAUGCAGUGUAUCUGCUGCGAUUACUGCUAGGAACACCAAACGGAAUCAACCUCCGCAAUCUAGUUUGGCAUGGCUUUGCUAGCCGAACCGAUGUCAGUCCACUGUACAUCAAUUUUCUGUUGUUUAUGCUGAGUUCCAUUGGUGACCGGUUGGAAAAGAUGAACUUUGUAGUCAGACACCGAAGAUGUGCAGAACAGUGGGGAGAACUUGUUGAAUCAAUCAAACUUGAUCAUUUUUAUGAGGUAUUAUUCGAAGGAAUACUACACGACAUCAGUGCGUUGCCAGAAGUGCUGAAAUCAAAUUGGUUACAAGCUAUCCAUCUCUACAGAAAAGGCGAGUUUUAUCAAUGUGUUUGUAUAGCACUACCCCAAUUGGAGAUGUACCUACGAAAACUCUAUGGGACAUUGUACGAUAUCGAUUAUCGAGCAAAACUUAAUGAGUAUUACAUUAUAAUGGAUACGAUAUUCGAAGAAUUUGAUUCAAUGAAUGCUCGCAAUAAAAUACAUCGUCAUUUCUCGACACCACUGUUAGAACUGGUUUACGAUUUAUUCUCAGCGCUUGAAGGUCCGCGAAUACGGGAUAAACUAAGCCAUGGUGAACUCAAGCUAUCACAAGUCGAUGAAACACUAGCCAACAGAGUGCUAUGCUUGUCUAAUUUAAUACUAAUCAAUGAUAAAAACUUCCAGUAUGUGAGCAUUUUUCAUCCUAAUGCAAAACUUAAACUUAGACUGAAGGAAUGUGAAAUUGCACUGGACAUGAUUGCCUUAAUAGAACUACCAGUUGAAUCUAUGAUUGAAACCGAAAUUAGCCCUUUUCUGCCAUCCGUUGGGAUCCCUAGCCGGAUACACAUCUUUCAUCGUGAGGCAAAGGAAGCUGAACUGGUCGGAUUAUUGACACGGAUAAGCUCAGUUCAGAAAAUGGCAGUGGAUAAUUUGUAUGAGUCGUUAACCUCUCGAUUGGAUGCAUUGGUCAGACGAGAACUGCGUUCAAGAGCAAGGAACACAUUAGAUAAUAUGGUUAGGAUGUUCCCAACUGUUUGGCAAGGGUUGACGUUGGUUUUGCGAAUAGUAAAGUGGAUUUUCCAUUGCCUUAUGGAGUUGACCGAGCUACCAACUACCACGAAGGUAACACGAUUUCUAAAGUUUGUUCUAAAAUAUACGGAAAAUGCAGCUAAAAAUCUAAACUCGAAGAGCAACGCGUGGCAGCCCUUGUAUGAAGCGACUAAGCGCGAGCUGUACGAUAAAACUAGACAGAACCUACCGAUACUGCUGUGUUGA